GCGCGAGACGCUCCCUUUCUGUUUGCUGCAGCAAGGUCCUUCUACGCAGUUCGGUACGCAGUAGUCCCACGCUCAGCCCUUACUCUACUACUACUCCACCAUGCAAUUGACAUCUCCCUUUUUAAAAGUCUGAAAACUUGGGAAGAAGGUCCCCCCCCCUCAAAUCAGCAGCACUCGAAAUGAGAAAAACAAAGCGUGAAUGCAUCUCUGUCCAUGUGGGCCAGGCCGGCGUGCAGAUGGGGAACACCUGCUGGGAGCUCUACUGUCUGGAGCACGGCAUCCAGCCGGACGGCCAGAUGCCGAGCAAUAAGCCCAUAGGUGGCCAUGAUGACUCCUUCACCACUUUCUUCAGUGAUACUGGCACUGGGCAAUACGUCCCAAGGGCAAUUUUUGUUGAUCUGGAGCCCACCGUCAUUGAUGAAGUGAGAACAGGAACAUACCGUCAACUCUUCCACCCCGAACAGAUGAUCUCUGGAAAGGAGGAUGCAGCUAACAACUAUGCCCGCGGUCACUACACUAUUGGCAGAGAGAUCAUUGACCACGUCCUGGACAGGAUCCGCAAACUGGCUGAUCAAUGCACUGGUCUCCAAGGGUUCUUGGUCUUCCACUCUUUUGGUGGAGGAACAGGUUCUGGUUUCACCUCCCUGCUCAUGGAAAGACUCUCUGUCGACUUUGGCAAGAAGUCCAAGCUUGAGUUCGCCAUCUACCCGGCACCGCAAGUUUCCACGGCUGUUGUAGAGCCUUACAACUCCAUCCUGACCACCCACACCACCCUGGAGCACUCCGACUGUGCUUUCAUGGUGGACAACGAGGCCAUCUACGAUAUCUGCUGCAGGAACCUAGAUAUCGAACGCCCAACCUACACCAACUUGAACCGCCUCAUCAGCCAGAUUGUGUCUUCAAUCACUGCUUCCCUGCGCUUUGACGGAGCCCUGAAUGUUGACCUGACAGAGUUCCAGACCAACUUGGUGCCUUAUCCUCGCAUCCACUUCCCCCUGGCCACCUAUGCUCCAGUGAUCUCCGCUGAGAAAGCAUGCCACGAACAGCUUUCUGUGGCCGAGAUCACAAAUUCCUGUUUUGAGCCAGCAAAUCAGAUGGUGAAGUGUGACCCACGUCAUGGCAAAUACAUGGCCUGCUGUCUGCUGUAUCGUGGCAACGUCGUGCCCAAAGACGUCAACUCUGCCAUCGCCGCCAUCAAGACGAAACGCUCCAUCCAGUUUGUGGACUGGUGCCCCACGGGCUUCAAGGUGGGCAUCAACUACCAGCCUCCCACCGUGGUUCCUGGAGGAGACCUGGCGAAGGUGCAGAGAGCCGUGUGCAUGCUGAGCAACACCACGGCCAUCGCCGAGGCCUGGGCCCGACUUGACCACAAGUUCGAUCUCAUGUACGCCAAGAGAGCCUUCGUCCACUGGUAUGUCGGAGAGGGAAUGGAGGAGGGAGAGUUCUCCGAAGCCAGAGAAGAUAUGGCCGCUUUGGAGAAGGAUUACGAAGAGGUGGGCGUCGACUCGUAUGAAGAAGAGGAGGAAGGCGAGGAAUAUUAAAUAAAAUGCCAAAUAAUAGUUAUUAAAGAAAGGAUUGCAUGUUAUUUUCAAAUUCUAAAUUAUUGCUUUUACCUACUGUUGUAAACUAGCUUUUGACCUUUUUUUUUUUUUUGUGUUUUUUGUUUUCGUCACAAUGAAGUUACCGGUAUGUUUAUUCAGUUUUUCAGUGUUUAGGUGUUCGUUAUUUCAUGUUGACACAUUAAAACACAAUCGGAUUUUGGACUUUAUCAUUGCUCAAUAAAUGCUCAUCCUGAAAA